AUGGCAUCCACCAUUGAAAUCGUGGUAAGGAGUCAUUGUUUAGACUUUCUUCUAGUCAAAGGAGAGGAUGGCAUAGGGUCAACCAUAGACGCAUCAGAAGUUUUAGUAGUAGAAGCUGAACCUGAGGUUGGAAUAAGACUUGGUUCAACAGCUGGUUUAACGGGGUUGAAAAAUGGAUUAUCAUCCAAGAUUACCGCUUCAUAUCUUGAAGAAAUUUCAUUUAAAACCGAUAAAAAGACAGAGAGAUUGCUCAAACAGUAA